AUUUUAAUCUCCGUUUAACACUUUAUGGACCUUGGUUUAACACAACGGUGGAAUCGAUUUAGAAUUACGAAUUAAUUUGUAUCAAAUGCUUUUGCAUUUAGCUUAAAAUUCUAAUUCUAUGACAGAGCUUCCAAAUGCAGCACCCCAGCAUUAGGAAACAGUACCGAAGCUCAGAAAACUCGGGGUUAAUGACCGCCACGAUGUCCUUUACCAACUGGGAAAACAUGUACAUAAAUUUUUGUUUAGUUUUAAAAUAAAAAUUUUGAAAAAUAACAUUUAUAAGGUGACGUUAGAUAAAACAAUCAGGCAUUAUUUUGUUUCUUCGAUUCAUUUCAAUUUAAAAAUGUUUGGAUAUUGGUACAUAUUUUUAAAUUUCCCUCACUUUUCUUAUUGGCUGUCCAAGGGAUCUAUAAGUUAAAUUUGGAAGCUAAUGCGCAUGUUCAUGGCUAUUACCUUUUGUAAAAACAUCGUUAAUUCUUUGUGCUUUGUUUACCUGGGUUGACACAACGCCACCAUUUUCUAUUUCUGUUCCUCGGUUAUGUUCUUAGGUGAGUUGUGAAAACGUCUUUUCAAGUGAUGGAUGAUCCUGGAAGAAUGAUGGGUGGUGGUUUGAUGCCUCCACAACCGUACGGGAUGACUCCGCAAGGUGAAGCCCCCCCUGGUAAUGAAAACGAACCCAGGAAGCAGGACAUCGGUGAGAUCCUGCAGCAAAUUAUGAACAUUACCGAUCAAAGUUUAGACGAAGCUCAAGCUAGGAAGCACACUCUAAACUGCCACCGAAUGAAACCAGCUUUAUUUUCCGUGUUGUGCGAGAUUAAAGAGAAAACCGUUUUGUCCCUCAGAAAUACCCAGGAAGAAGAGCCUCCAGAUCCACAACUGAUGCGUCUGGAUAAUAUGCUCAUAGCAGAGGGUGUCGCAGGGCCAGAAAAGGGCGGAGGUGCUGGAGCUGCUGCUUCUGGAUCAGCUGCAGCUCAAGCCGGCCAACCAGAUAAUGCCAUUGAACACUCAGAUUAUAGAGCUAAGUUAGCCCAAAUUAGGCAAAUUUACCACCAGGAACUCGAGAAGUAUGAACAGGCUUGUAAUGAAUUUACUACACAUGUAAUGAACCUUCUAAGGGAACAGAGCCGCACCAGACCUAUAACUCCUAAAGAAAUUGAAAGAAUGGUGCAGAUAAUCCACAAGAAAUUCAGCUCUAUUCAGAUGCAGCUUAAACAGUCGACUUGUGAGGCUGUUAUGAUUCUUAGGUCUAGGUUUUUGGAUGCCAGAAGGAAGAGGCGUAAUUUCAGCAAGCAGGCCUCUGAAAUAUUAAAUGAAUACUUUUAUUCACAUCUAUCAAAUCCCUAUCCCAGUGAAGAAGCUAAAGAGGAGCUAGCGAGAAAAUGUGGCAUCACUGUUAGCCAGGUUUCAAAUUGGUUCGGAAACAAAAGAAUUCGUUAUAAGAAAAAUAUCGGCAAAGCACAAGAAGAGGCGAACCUAUACGCCGCCAAAAAAGCGGCGGGUGCGUCACCUUAUAGUGGAACAGCCACGCCAAUGAUGUCGCCAGCGCCACCCCAAGACUCUAUGGGCUAUUCCAUGGGAUCUGCGUACGACCAGAGCUCCGCCUACGAUGCAAGCAGUUGUGGUUAUGAUCCCAUGCACGCUCAAGAACUAUCUCCCUAAACUUAAUUUAGGAAUCCUUGAUAUUUCUUCAGAGACAUUUAAACUAAAAGACUUAGUUUUUUAUUGGUUUUUCGAUUACAUCGUCUUUUCCCAUUGUUUUUCAUCCAAAGUAUCUAUAAAGGAUAGAUUUUAAAGAUAUAAAAUAGUAAUAAAGUGGAGGAUAGAUAUAUGGAAACGAAACAAAAAUGUACUAUUUAGUCUAUUUAGAUUUAAAUGUCUUUGCAUUUCUUCGCUCUUUCAAGAUACAUAAGUAUACUGAAGCUUGUAUACCAAUUUUGAAUGUAUACUACUUUUUGUAUUUUGUGCAAUGUCUGUGUAUUUAUCAACUUGUGGCAGCUACCACAGAGAUUUUAUUCUUUUUUUAGAACGCACAUUAAUGAAUUAUUAUUUUGAAUAAUCCAAGGUGCCAUAAGCGAAUAUGGUUGGAUAGCUUGUAAGUGAAUAUUUAAGAGGUGAUGAAAGCCAGUUAGUGUUUGAUGUAAAUUAAGUAUGACUACACUUCGUAAUUGUACUUAUUUAACGUCUGCAUUCCAUGAAUUAUCUAGAAAAUGUUUUACAGCCUAUUAAAAAAAAAAAGAAAAACGUAGUUUAAUGAUUGUUAUAUUUUACUUAUUCGUGAAAUAAACCUAGUGACAGACCAAGGUGAGUCUUAACGUCGUUUCUUCUUCUACAUGCAUCUAAAUCAACUCACAUGUCUUCACUGGAAUUUUGAUGUGUCUCGUCUGUUAACACUUCUACUCUUGUAUCUUAUAAUUCGAAAUUGUAAACCGUUGCAUAAAAUAUUCUUCUGUAGUACUUGUCUUUCAAAGUUUAGAAGUUACAUUAGGUUUAUUAAGAAUCCUUGUUUCAGCAUCAUAAUAAUUAUUUUUUUUUAUUUUAAUAUCGCCAGUGUUAAUCUUUUAGUGUUUAGAAUAAACUGUGUUAUAAAAAACAAAUUUGAACUUAGGUCGACUUGUUAGAGUCUCAGACGAAAUCUAUAAUGAUAUUAGAAUGAUCAAAUGGAGAGCAUUAAAAGUAACGUUGUUAACCACUUCCCAAAGUGGUUUGGUUUAUGAAAUACUAAUUAUGUGAAAAUGUUCAAGAUAUGAUAUUGGAAGCUAAUAUCAAUCCAUUACAACUCUAGUGUUAGGUCAUAAGCUUUUAUGAUGUUAUGUGUAUAUCCUAAAGCAACUUUAUCUUUUCGGUUUUUAUCACCUUUAAAUAUAUAUUUAUUAAUUUCUUGAUAUUCAGCUCUACGGCGCCCUGGAAACAGUUUGUUAUACUUUUUUGUUGUCUAUAUUUUAUAACGAAUUGCCUUAGAAAUUAUUUUUAAAAUCCUAAAUUGCUGAAAACCACGUUCUCUAAAUUAUUUUGUAGAUAAAUAUUCAUCUAUAGUGUUUGUAACUAGUUGUACUUUUGUUGAUUUCAAAGAAUUUUGCGUACAAACAUCUUUGGGGUAAUUAUUGAUUACCCUAAGAGGAUACAAUUUUUAGGUUUGCAAAGUUUAUAGACCAUAACUACAUAAGGUUUUGUAUACGAAUUGGAUAUAAGUAAAAUUUACGCGUUUUAUUACAGGGUAAGUCAAUAGUGUGGUAAGUCCAAUUAUAUUUUUGCUAACUUGGAAAUUUUUUCAAUUUUCAUGGAACAUUUUGUUAACAAAAAUUUAACGGAUCAAACACAAUUGACAGAGCCUGCAUGUUUUAAUUUUAUUUGUAGUGUUUUCUGUCAGAAAUUGUCCUGACAGCAAGCAAAUUUCUUACAAAGCGACAUCAGAAGUAAAAAAGUGGAUUCGACAAUCUAUAUGUUAAAAAAAGGACAUUGCUUAAUAAAAAAUAAUGUAUUUAUUUUAUAAUGAAUACCUGUUUUUUGGGUAUGAGUAAAAUUAAUUUUACAGUAUUGAGUAGUCACUCGGAAUAUUCUUUAAUGGAGUUGGUAAUUGGACAGACUAGGAAAUUUUAUGUCGUGAAUUUUUAACAAUGAUUUACCUUAAGGCAAAAAUCUGUAUUUUACUUUAGAAAAUAAAG